UUCAAAGUUUGGUGCUUGAUGAGGUACCACUUCCGCAUUGUCAGUUAUGUUAGCAUCAUGGCAGAUAAUUUUAACUUUAAAACACGCUACGAACGAGCCCUCAAACAGUUCCCACUCAGUCGUACACUGAAAUACUUCUGAAACAAUGAAGAAAUCUUUGCACGAAAAGUUUAGGAACAAAAUUAAUUUUGUGAAACCCCUCUACAGGAAGAAAAGUGAUCAAGUUUCAAAUAAAAUUAUUCCUUUGGAUGACAGGACAUUAAAACUACGAGGCGACGAUUUUGACGUAAACACUGUUUUAAGGGGAUCAAAUGUAAUAAGUGUUAAGAAUAAAGUUAGUAAAGAGUAUGCAGUUACACUUCCAGGUGCUUGUGAUAGUGUGUAUGUGGAUGUGUUUAAGGAAAACAAUCGAAGAUAUUUACAUCCAGCACAGAAUAAAUUAGCAAAUAUUGAACUUCAAGGUGGUGUUAAAUAUAAAAACAAUGAUCGUACCAAAACCAUAGACGAAAAUAGAAAUAGUACGAAGAUUAUGUUUUACAAGACUCCUGAGAGAUAUCUGCGAGUGUAUCCAGCCCCAAAAAUUGUGGACGAGAGUACAUGUUCAAUUAUAAUACGUUGCGUCAUUUGCCAACUUGGUCUUACAACGUUUCUAAUUCUUUGGACUAUUAUAGGCGUACUUAUAAUACAAUAUUUUGAAGGUCCCCACGAGGUAAAUUUUGCUAUGGAAUUUGAAAAGGAACAAAAUCAGCUUGUUAUCGACCUAGCAACGGAAUUAAGACAGAUCACUCCUCUGUCACCUAAAUGGAGGCUCGCUAUAGAAAAACGGAUGGACGAUGAGAGGAAAUUGACAAUGGCUGCCGUGGGUAACGGAGCCAAACCGAAGUCGGGACAAUUCUGGAAUCUUUCGGGGACAUUUCUGUUCUGCGUGUACACUAUGACGACUCUCGGUUUCGGUGCUCCAGUACCGCACACAAUUUGGGGUAGAACAUGCGCAGCAAUUUAUGGUAUAUUGGCUGUGCCCACACACAUUUAUCUAAUGGUAAACGCAAGUACUUGUGUCGUGGUUAACGUGGAGGCGUGUCUACAGUCUUUGAGAAAACGAAAUCAAAAGGUGUCUAUGGAUGAAAAAAGUCCUGUAAACUGUCGACAUUUUGAAACAUCGACGCCAUCGAAUAAUAUCCGCAGGGUGAUAUCUUGUUGCCUUGGAAAAUGCUUCAUGGGACGCGGCUUGCCAGUAGCCAUAUGUUUCUAUUACCUUCUUGGAGUCGUAGCGUUUGGUGUUUUAAGAACAAACAACAUAAUGGAUUCGCUUUUGUUUCCAUUGGAGUUUACUACAGCUGGUGGUUUGGAAUUUGUUGAAAGCUCGGCAAGAGUGUUAUACGGCUUAUACAUAGAGGGCGCCAUGUGUCUGCUGGCUUAUACAUUGGCAACGAUUCGACGAAACGGUAGCGACACCGUCACAGAUCUCGCAAAGAACUACAGACUCCUUAUAACGGAUUGAUAUCAAGAUUGUUAAUUAUUUCAUUAUUUUCUACAUAAGUAUCACGUUUUUAAGGUGAUGAAAGUUUUUGAGUGC